CUGCUCGAUUUAUGUGACUCAACGUGUGUAUAAGCUAAAAAGUAACAUAAAUCGUUCUAGUCAAUUUUUACAAAACAUAUUAUACAUAACACUGAUUUUUAUGUUUAAAACGAUGAUCCUGCAAUAUCUAUUCUCCAUUUUAAAAAAUAUCCGCGCAAAUGAUACAUAAUAAUAAGAACCGAGAAUAUAGAUGAUGCUUAAUAUUUAACUUAAUCUCGGAAGCAGUACAAAGUGCACUGACAGUUCCUCUAUGAUAACAGCGAGCAGUGCUGUUUGUCCGCGAUGAUUAUGAAGCAAUGAAAAUUAAGUAAUUGUUUCUUGUCAUAUACAGCCGGGCGACUCGUCAUUUUACAGCUUGCGCGUCAUGGAGGCAAACAGUGCUUUCCCGUUAAGGUGCCGCCACGCCGCGGAUGCCUGCCUCUUGUCCCCACGCCGGCCUUGCGGGGGCGUCCUCUGAUGCUGCUCAUUUACAUAGAGGCGAAGCUUUUCCUCCGCUCUGGUUGCUGGAUCCACUGCACGAUCCCUCUAGGGCUUCAUAUCGCCUAAUAAACGGCAUCAGAUGUGUCUGGAGUCGCGACAGCGGACGGCUUACUGGAGCGCGGAGAUCACUCUUCUCCAACCUCUCGUUUUCGUUUUCACUUCGUUUUUCUUUUAUGUUUCUCAUCCCCUUCCGUCUACUCUGGCAGCGGCGAAAUAACCGUUUGAUUUUCCCAGGAUGUCGGUAGCCGGAUUCAAGAAGCAGUUUCACAAAGCCAGCCAGCUGCUGAGCGAGAAGAUAAGCGGGGCAGAGGGCACCAAGCAUGACCACGACUUCGUGACGAUGGAGAAGAAGAUCGAUAUCACCAACAAGGCCAUUUUUGAUCUGCUGUCUAAAACCACAGAAUACCUCCAACCAAACCCAGCCUACCGAGCCAAACUGGGCAUGCUCAACACGGUGUCGAAGAUGCGGGGGCAGGUGAAGACUGUGGGAUAUCCCCAGACGGAGGGCAUGCUGGGAGAUGUCAUGCUCCGCUACGGCAAGGAACUGGGGGAGGACUCCUCCUUUGGUUGCGCUCUAGUCGACGUAGGUGAGGCAAUGAAGCAGAUGGCCGACGUCAAAGACUCACUGGACAUCAGCGUCAAGCAGAAUUUUAUCGACCCACUGCAGUCACUGCAGGACAAGGAGCUGAAGGAGAUUGGGCACCACCUGAAGAAGCUGGAGGGCCGUCGCCUGGACUUUGACUACAAGAAGAAGCGGCAGGGGAAGAUCCCCGAGGAGGAGGUGCGGCAGGCUGUGGAGAAGUUCGACGAGUCCAGAGAACUGGCUGAGAGGAGCAUGAUCAACUUCCUGGAGAGCGACGUGGAGCAGGUGAGUCAGCUUGCUGCACUGGUAGAAGCUGGUCUGGACUACCACCGCCAGUCUUUGGAAAUCCUGGAGGAACUCAACAGCAGGCUGAAGAGCAGGAUAUCUACAGAAAGCCACCGUCCAAAGAAGGACUUCAAGCCAAAGUCCGUAAGGAGCAGCCUAGAGACCAUCGAGAGCCUGCCCCACAAUGGAUUGACGUACAGCUCGUCAAUCAAAUCCUCAGGUUCCCUGGUAAACCACACCAUCAAUGGAAAAAAUGACCUGAUCUGUUCCCCGCCCCUGAUCUGGCCAGACAGCCCCCAGACUGACCAUUCCGAGGCUCCCCUGGACCAGCCGUGCUGCCGAGCGCUGUAUGACUUCGAGCCGGAGAACGCGGGCGAGCUGGGCUUCAAGGAGGGCGACCUCAUCAUCCUGACCAAUCAGAUUGACGAGAACUGGUACGAGGGCAUGAUCCAUGGCGAAUCGGGCUUCUUCCCCAUCAGCUACGUCGACGUCAUUGUGCCGUUGCCGCAGUGACCCUCCGGGCCACUUGCUGGAACCUCUGCUCUCGUCUCUCUCAGUUCUCAGUAUUUUUUAAGAAACAUAUCUUAUUUUUCAAUAUUUAUGCGCUCAUUUUUGGAGCGUGGAGCUACCUGUGUUUGUGUCAUUUGGGAAGUCGGCAUCUGCUUGGUUGGUAUUUCUCCGCUGUCGCCUUCCACUCUGCUGUCCUGCUCCAAAGUCUGACUCAUUCUCUCCUGCCUGCUACCAUCUUAGGUGUUAUGGAUAUAUAUUUUUUAGACUUUGAAUGGAGGGGACAGACCUAUCAUUCUGUGAAUGUCCUCUAGGGUCUCUGUGUUUACGUGCCAUGGCCUGGUGUAACGCGAUACACCCGCCCGCAGUCAGUAUAACAAGCUCAAUUCCGAGCAGCAUUUUGUGUCCGCUUGCACUCUGCUUUUUAAAAGCUUAUUUAUUGCCACUCGUUUUGCACUGAAGCCUUAGACUGUUUUAUGGACGCUCCGUUACUCUUCUUGUAAAACAUUGCACUUUCAUUUGCUCCCAUAGCAGAAGGAAACACUCGUUACAAGUUCUGUGUGUUUACGGUAAGUUUCCUGUGUAGGGAGUAGAAGAGGUGGGUUCCGCUUGUAUGUUAAAGCAUGUUAUAAUCAUCGUGCUACAGAAUGAUGGAUCUACAGCAGCCGCUAUCUACUGUUAAUGCAAUAAUGCUGUCACAUUAUGCAGUUACAGUAUAUUAAUAUUAUAUUAAUAUUAAAAUUAUUAGAAAAAAAUUAUAUUGUAUGUUAAUCUCCCUACCGAAAAUUAUGCCAAAUUGUGAGCGUUAUUUUUUAGGAAUCUGACCACGCGUUUGCAUCGGUCAGUAAGAAUAAGCAAGUAAAGAUAAAGAAAUUAAUUUACCUUAAUGAAUGGGAAUCUAUAUGGUGUGUCUUCUAAACAAUUAUAUCAGAAAAUAAUAUGUGUGCUAUAGUUUUCUGGGUCAGCAUAGAAAAAUAUGUUUAUUAAUCUUGAUCCAUUAAAACACAGUUGCCAGUCAACAUCAGGUAGAAAAAAUAUAUAUUUUAAUGCAUUUUAAAGCCGAGUAAGAUAAUCCAUAUUCUACUGCCUACAGCAAAGACGGCUUUAACAAAAAGUGAAAAAUCAACUGAAGUAGAAUAAAGGCCAUUUAAUGACACGUGCAGCUGCUGGUUGCCGCUGUGAGGAUCCUUGCCAUUAUGUCGUCAUCUUCUGCUGUUAAAAUUGACAGGGCUUUCAUUUGUCUACGGAAAUAUUGCAGGGCACGACAUUCCUUUGUAUUUUUUCUGUAAUUUAUAGAAAGUGUUCUAUAAGCGUUGUAAAUGAUUAUAUAAAUAAUAUAGGCUGUACUGUGUAAAUAAACGAAUAUGCAGUGAA